UCAGACCGGGGAUCGGCGAUGGCUCCGCAGUGACGGUUGGAUCUAACGGUUGCCGUUGACAUUGCGGCGCGGAGCGGAUCGGGCGGGCUGAUCCCCUUUCCGCUGAACGGCGCCCGCCCCGCCGCCGCGCAGCUGGGCAAAGCCCACCGGGCCCCCGCGGAGGUAGGCCGCGGCGGCGCCGUGGUGAUGCGGCCGCGCUGAGGCCCAGGUGCAUCCGCCUCCCUCCCUCCCUCCCCCGCCGCCGGAUCGGGCGGCGCGGCCCGGCCCGGCUCCGCCGCCGCCCUGAGCUGGCUUCGCGGUUCCUCCCUGCGGUCGCCGCCAUGCCGGGUCGCCGCUGAGGUAGCGUCCGCUGGGAGAGGAGCAGGGCCCGGGGGAGGGCGGCCCGGCAUGGCCCGCAGCCUGGAGUAGCGCCGCCGCCACCGCCUCGCUGCGCUGUGUGGCUGCGGGCGGGCCGAGGCCGCUUGCUCGGGAGCGAGGCCCCCGCUGGAGGCGGAGGAGGAGCCAGCGCGGCCCCUCUGACAGGGCCGCCGCGGCCUCCGCGCUGUCGCCGCCGCCGUCGGGCGGCUUCAGGUGGCCCCGGAUCAAGGUGACACCCGGCCUCCCCCCGCCCCGGGGCCACCUGCCCCUUCGGCGGGCACGGACUCGGCGCCGCGCCUUCUUCUCACCCCGGAGCCGGCGGCGUGCGAGCGGCUGCGAUGAACCCGGUGAAUGCCACUGCUCUCUACGUUUCAGCGAGCCGCCUGGUGCUCAACUACGACCCUGGGGAUCCCCAGUCUUUUACAGAGAUUAACAAGCUCCUGCCCUACUUCAGGCAGUCCCUCUCCUGCUGCGUUUGCGGAAAUUUGCUACAAGACCCUAUUGCUCCUACCAACUCCACAUGCCAGCAUUAUGUCUGCAAAAGCUGUAAAGGCAAGAAGAUGAUGAUGAAACCGUCAUGUAGCUGGUGCAAGGACUACGAACAGUUUGAGGAGAAUAAGCAGCUAAGCAUCUUAGUGAACUGCUAUAAGAAACUUUGCGAAUACAUAACGCAAACUCCACUGGCACGAGAUAUUAUUCAAGCAGUUGACUGUUCUGCUGAUCUCUUGGCUCUGCUCAAAGAUGGAUCACCCCUCCACGAAGAGACAGAAAAAUCUUCCGAUACAGCCUUGGCUUUGACACAUUCCCCAGUACCUUCAACCUCAGAACUCACAACCGAUCCUCCAGCUAGUUUUACGUCAAUACCUGAAAGCACACACAACAUCGAUAUUAGAGGUUCUGUUAUCAACGGGUUGCCCAAUUGUAAUGGGCUUUCGGUAGAUAAACUUGGAGUGAAUAUUCCUUCUCCUGAACACGCAAAUACAAUUGAUGUCUGUAGUACUGGAGAGUAUAUAAAAACUGAAGAUAUCUCUAGCAGCCUGCAGCCUGUGUGCGAUACAGUUUCUGCUAGUGACUUGUGUACGACAGGCAUUGACAUCUGCAGUUUCAGUGAGGAUAUAAAACCAGGUGGGUCGCUGCUCCUUAGCGUUGAGGAAGUUCUCCGGAGCUUAGAGACCGUUUCAAAUACUGAAGUCUGUGAUUCUAAUUUGCAGCCCAGCUUGGAAGCAAACAUGACUAAUGGUCCUUUCCUGCAGCUUUCUCCCCCGCCUCUUAGCCAUAACAUUUUCAUGCCCACAGAUGCUUCUCCUCAUGGAAUAUCCUGUACAGCGGCGACGCCCAAGGUGGUCAAGUUAAACAGAAAGCGGUCUCGAUCAGAAAGCGACAGUGAAAAGGUUCAACCUCUACCCAUUUCCAGCAUCAUCUGUGGCCCAACAUUGGGAGCAUCAGCUCCCGUAACAGUGAAACAGGAAAACAAAAUGUCUUUGCAGCCUAUUGCAACUGUACCUAAUGGAGGCACUACUCCCAAAAUAAGUAAAACUGUGCUCAUGUCCAACAAAAGCAUGAAAAAGAACUUAGAACAUGCCCCUAAGAAAUCUCACCCAAAAGCCAAACCAGGGGUGCUGAAAACAAAAGACAAAGCAAAGGAGAAAGUCCCUAGCAGUAACGUUAUGCCAGGAAGCCCAACAAAAACUGUGUAUAAAAAGCCACAAGAAAAGAAAGGGUGUAAAUGUGGUCGUGCCACCCAAAAUCCAAGUGUUCUUACAUGCCGUGGCCAACGCUGCCCUUGCUAUUCUAACCGCAAAGCCUGCCUUGACUGCAUAUGCCGUGGCUGCCAAAACUCAUACAUGGCUAACGGGGAGAAGAAGCUGGAGGCAUUUGCAGUGCCAGAAAAGGCCUUGGAGCAGACUAGGCUUACUUUGGGCAUUAAUGUGACAAGCAUUGCAGUGCGCAAUGCCAGCACAAGCACCAGUGUAAUCAAUGUGACAGGGUCACCAGUAACUACGUUUUUAGCUGCCAGUACACACGAUGAUAAAAGUUUGGAUGAAGCUAUAGACAUGAGAUAUGACUGUUGAAUCUUUCUUUCUUUUCCCUGCCAUCAGUAGGGGAACUGCUACAGUUUUAAGGCAGCUAUGGUUCUGUUUAACUUGCUGGAGCUCCUGCGUUUAGAUCACUUGUAUCAAGUGUUUUUCAUUGCUAUGUUAUGUGUAUUAGUGUCUGGGAAAUAGUUGCAGAUAAUGGAGGAGUUACCCUUAAAUCUGUUUUUAGUUCUUACAGCACCUCAUAGUUUGAGAUCAAUUGCUGAUGUAAAUGAUUUUAUCACAAGAUCUGUGGCAAGGAAUAUAUUUAACCUCAUUGUACUUGGUCAUGCUUUGUGCUCAGUCAAAGCUUCUGCUUAAAUGUGGCAAGGUGGUAUCUAGUUAGUCCAUCUAAACUGUGCUAGGUUAUGAUGUAGAACAGUCAUUAUCGAUUAGUUACGGCCACCACUACUGGACAAAUGACCUAAUAUUCCUGUAGGAAAACACAGCAUUGAGCUGGAGAAUACAGACUGAAAAGGGUAGAUAAUUUCUGACGCUGAGAAUUGGUUAUCUACUCAAUGGAAUAGUUUAAAAAUUAAAAAAAAAAUUAGUAAUAUAUUGAGAAAGCUAAUAGCCCAAAAAGCAGCUCAGUCUCCAGACAAGGGUCAGGAAGACCAGUUGGUUAGAUACGGACCUCGAACUGCUGACUUGGGUGUGCUGCCCUGUUAAGGCCACCAUUCUUUUUUUUUGUUUGUUUUCUUGACAAUUCCACAGGUCACAUUCCUGAUCAGUUUUGCCCACUGUGCCAACUCGGCUUGUUUGACGUGUUACUGUUUCAGCUGGGGCAAGAAAAUUAUUUGUACACAAAGAAGGCUCAAGUUUUAUUAGCACCAUUCUUUUCUUUCUUUCCUCUGUGCCUGCCCCAUCCCCCCCCCCCUUUUUUUUUUUUUUGAGUUCCUGCUGAUUUUACUGCUGUUACUUCUAGAAAAGAGAGGGGAUUUUGUGGGUUACAGAGAAACUCCUUGGCUGAUUCCCCCUCCUUCCCCCUGCCUCUGCUGCCGAUCAGUGCCUGGGAUACACAGGGACUUCUGCAGCAGUUAUCAGCUGGGGGAGAGGAUCGAUUGCCAUCUAAGGUCAAAUAUUUCAGAUGUCUGUUAGACAGAAUAAGCUAUAUAACUUCACCCAGAAUCUAUCUCAUUUUUUCACUGAUAUGUUGAAAGUAGCUUUUGAGAGUUAGUGCUUUUCCACCUGGGCUGAAAGGCUCUAAAAUGGAGAUAUAACACAAAGUUGUCAAAAAGCUUAUCCCAGAAAGUGUUAAAAUGAAAGUAGGAAUUCAGCUUUAUGCAAGAACGGUUUAUUUCAGUGUAAACCCUAAAUAAGAGUGCAAGCAGAAGAAUUUAGUCUUGCAUUUAGGGUUUCACUGGCAGCCUAAAAAAGAUGAUGAUGUGAAAGCGUAAAUUUCUCCUCUUUGAAUGAUACAGCACAAAUUAAACAUGGGCUGACUAGAACACAAACCAGUGCCUUCUCAUUUUGAAGGCAGUUCCUGUUUCAACAGCAUGUUAAAAUAGUAUGUGAAUUUUUUGAGUUACAUUACUGCUUCCGUCUUUCCUUUCACUCAUCCCAUGAGCCCCGCAGCGCUUUCUGACCUAACACUAGGUGUAUUUUGAUUUGGCACAAAGCACGUACAAUGAUGGUUCCUCACCUAAGAAAUAAGCAAAAACCUUUGGACACAAAUGACACCUCCUUUUGUUUUGUAGUGUACCAUGGUGUCAUUUUCUGUGAAUGUGGUCAGAUCUUUUUGUUGGUUUUGGUUUGUUUCUCCCCCCGUCUUUUUUGUGGGGUGGGUAGGGUGGGGGGUUAAAGCCAUAGGAAAGAAAAAUGUGAUGUAUGUGUCCAGUCUGUACUUUUUUGUUUUUGUUUUGCAAGAAGAGUUGAAAAAUAUUUUUGAUAAUGAGUAAAUGGUGGAAAAUG